AUGGAGCUGAAGGUGUGGGUGGACGGGGUGCAGCGCAUCGUCUGCGGCGUCACCGAGUUCACCACGUGUCAGGACGUGGUCAUCGCUCUGGCUCAGGCCAUCGGGCGGACCGGGCGCUACACGCUGAUCGAGCGAUGGCGGGACACGGAGCGGCCGCUGUCCCCUCAGGAGUUCCCCGUCGUGUCCCUGAACAAGUGGGGCCACUACGCCAGCGACGUCCAGCUGAUCUUGCAGCGCACCGGGCCGUCUGUGAGCGAGAGACCAGCCUCGGACACGACCAGGGUUCCAGAGAGAGGCUUCUAUCGCCAGAGCCUUCCGCCGCUCGCCAAACUCCGCCCCUUCGGCAUUGAGCGCUCGCUAAGGCGCAAGGAACCCAAACGCAAGUCUCUGACGUUCAGCGGGGGGGCCAGGGGUCUGCGGGAGAUCUUCAGCCGGAACAGAGACUCUCAAGCCCCCCAGCAGCAGCAGCAGCAGCAGACCGGGGUGAAGUUGAGCCUGACCCGGGUCCUGGGGUCUCUCAGUGGGGUCUCGUCGGCCCCUGGGAGCCCCUGUCGAGACCUGAGCGGGCUGGUGCAGAGGCAGAGGGAGCGUCUACAGGUCCUAGAGAACCAGCUGGAGCAGUGUGAAGGGGAGCUGCAGGACUGGGAGGAGACCGUCGCGUACACACAACAGAGGGAGAGCCUGGAGGAGGAGCUGUGUCUCCUGGAGCAGACUCUGAGGAGCACCUCUGUGGAGCUGGAGCAGGAGCAGCUCUGGGAACGUGAGCUCACACUGGAGCAGGAGACAGAGGAGCGGCUCCGGCUGAGGCUGGCAGAGCUCAGGGGCCGACUGAGCGACUGCGAGGGCCAGCUAAGGAACGCCCUCGGCACCGUACAGACUCUGGAAACCAGCGUCGAGCAGGAGCGACAGCAGCACGAAGCCGAGCUCAACCACAGACUCAACCAGGAGCAGGUGCUGGUGCAGCUGCAGAGAGUGUGUUCGGAGCUGGAGGUGCAGAGCCAGACCUCGUCCCGACUGGAGAGCAGCUGCAGGGGCCUGGAGAGCUCCCUCUGCCAGGCCGGCCGGACAGUACAGGAGAAGGAGCAGGAGCUGGAGCAGUUGACCAAAGAGCUGCGGCAGGUGAACCUCCAGCAGUUCAUCCAACAGACGGGGACCAAGGUGACGGUGCUACCCGCUCAGAGUGCACCGGAGGCAGGCAACGGUGUAGAGUGCGGCUCUAUCCAACCCACGGCCUCGUCUCGGCUCUUACCCCCAGACCUGCGGAGCCUCCAGACCCCCGUCGGCCUGAACCCAGAGGGCAUCUACCAGCAGGUGGAGCAGCAGCAGGUGGUGCAGCUGCAGGUGGUGCAGACGCAGGUGGUGCAGCCGCAGGUGGUGCAGCCGCAGGUGGUGCAGCCGCAGGUGGUGCAGCCGCAGGUGGUGCAGCCGCGGGUGGUGCAGCAGCGGGUGGAGCAGCAGCGGGUGGUGCAGCUGCGGGUGGUGCAGCUGCGGGUGGUGCAGCCGCGGGUGGUGCAGCCGCGGGUGGUGCAGCCGCGGGUGGUGCAGCAGCGGGUGGUGCAGCAGCAGGUGGUGCAGCAGCAGGUGGAGCAGCAGCAGGUGAUGCAGCAGCAGGUGGUGCAGCAGCAGGUGGAGCAGCAGCAGGUUGUGCAGCCGUAG